CCACCCCCCUCUCCACGCUUUAUGUUAAUGAGGUCGCCGUCCGGGCAAGAUGGAGGGAGGCAUUGCGGCGCUGGCGGUGGCGGCGGCGAUGCUGCGCUGAUGCUCAGACCGGUGACGACCAUGUCGACUCUGCUCCUCCUGCUGCUGGUGAUGAUGAUGAUCGUGUCGGUGUCAUCAUGGAGGAGCUCGACCCUGCUGCCGUUGCUGCCGCCGCUGCUGCUGCUGCUCCUCUAGGCGGACAAACAUGCCGAAGAGAGGCAACGGCGGGCUGCCUCUUCCCAGCGGUUGGGAGGAAGCGAGGGACUUUGACGGCAAAGUGUUCUACAUUGACCACAACACGAAGCAGACGAGUUGGAUCGACCCCCGCGACAGGCUGACCAAGCCGCUGUCGUUUGCCGACUGCAUCGGGGAUGAGCUGCCGUACGGCUGGGAGCAGGCCUACGAUCCCCAAGUUGGCGUCUACUAUGUCGACCACAUCAACAAGGUGACGCAGAUUGAAGACCCGCGGGCACAGUGGCGGGGCGAGCAGGAGGUGAUGCUCAAGGAGUACCUGGUGGUGGCCAAGGAUGCGCUGGACGCACGCUGGGAGAUGUUCCAAGUCAAGCAGCAGCGGCUGGCACUGGCGCAGGAGGAGUACCAGCACCUGAGCAACGUGUGGCAGGACAAGAGUGGCUCGCGCACCAGCUUGCAUUCUGGGUCCUCGGCAAGUACCAAAUACGACCCAGAUCUCCUGAAAGCUGAAAUCGCCGAAACAAAGGAGAGGGUGUCGAGGCUCAAGCGGGAGCUGGAGAACAUGACGCAGGAGCUCAACUACAAGGAGAAGGGCAUCGAGACCCUGCGAGAGAUCGACCGCAAGAUGGCCGAGAGCCAGGGCGGCUACAAGCUGGACGAGGCGCAGGCCAUCCUGAGCGAGCUGAAGUCGAUCCGGAAGGCCAUCAGCUCCGGCGAGAAAGAGAAACACGACCUCAUGCAGAGCCUCGCCAAGCUGAAGGACGGCUUCAAGCGGGAGGACGCGCGCGCCCAGCUGCAAGGAAGCCGCGGCUCGCUCGUCAAUUCCAACCUCUCGCUGUCCAAGCCCUGCCUGGACGCCGGCUCGCAGACGGACAUCACCGGGGACGUGUUCAGCGGUGGCCGUGCCAAGCUGGCUGAGAAGGUGAAGCUCAACCUGCAGUACGACGAGGCCAAGCGCAGACUGGCCAAUAUCCAGAUCGAGCUGGCCAAGCUGGAGGCCGAGGCUUGGCCCGGGGCGCUGGAGGCUGACCGCGACCGCCUGCUGCUGCUGGGCGAGAAGGAGGAGCUCCUGCGGGAGCUGCGCUACGUGAACCCGCGCAAGCGCUCGCGCGAGGAGGCCACGCGGCUCGAGGCCGAGCGCCACCGCCUGGAGGAGGAGCUGCAGGAGGCUCGCACCGCCAACACCGACGCGCUCACUCGCAGGUUACAACUCCAGGAGAAGAGGAACAACCUUCUACGGCAGCUGGAGGAUACCACGCGUCUGGCCUCCUACCUGCACACGCAGCUCAAGAGCCUCUCGGCGAGCACGCUGUCCGUGUCGUCGGGCAGCAGCCGCGGGUCGCUGGCUUCGAGCCGCGGCUCUCUCUCCGCCUCCAGCAAGGGGUCCCUGAGCUCGCUGAGCUUCACCGACAUCUACGGGCUGCCGCAGAGCGAGCCCGCUCACCCGCUCGCCGCCUCCUCCUCCUCCUUCUCGUCGUCGCCGUCCUCGUCGUCGGGACAGGACCUGCGGCGCCGCGUCGACGUGCUCCUCCACGAGGAGCGCCCGCGGAAGAUGGGCCCCGGCGGCGCGGGCUCGGUGAUCCGCGAGACCCGCGAGUCGCUGGGCUCCUCCCUGUCCCCGCGCUCCUCGCUCUCCUCGCUCUCCCCCCCCGGGUCGCCGCUCGUCGUCGACUCCGGCUCGGCGUUCUCUGCCGCGGCGCGCGCCGUCGAGCUGGGCCCCGAGUACGCGGAGGAGGACGAGGAGGAGGAAGAGGAGGAGGAGGAGGGCGACGGCGACGACGGCGCGGUCGCUCGCGCGCCCGGCUCCUUCCGCGAACCGUCGCUCGGGAACCCCGGCAAGGCUCCCGCCGGCACGGCCGCCUCCGCAGGCAACGCCGCUCGGUGCGCCGGUGAUGCAGGGACACAGCUCAGCACCAUCUCCGAGGCCGUUGCAGGCAUGAACAUGGCGGAGGACCACGAGGAAGCGCUGGCCGGGAGGAAAGCUCGCGGGGUCUCGGCUGCUGUCUCGGACGAGUCCGUGGCCGCCGACAGCGGGGUGUUUGAGGCGCCGGCUAAAAGGCCCGACGAGUCGGAGGAGGCGUUUUACGACGAAGAUAAGGCGACGUGCGGAGUUGCCGCGGCCCAGAUCCAGCUCGACAUGAGGUAUGACGCGGAGGAAGGUGUGUUCAUGGUUCACGUCCUUCAGCUCAAGAAUCUGCAGGCCCUUUGCAUCCCCGAUGGGAACAAAGUGGCGGUGCGUGCGGUGCUGCUGCCGUGCGGGGCCGGCGGGCGCGGCGUGCACACGAGCCCCGCGGUUCCCUGCGUGCCGGGCCUCUGCCGCCUCGGCUGGAGCUACCGCGAGAGCGUUCCGACCGCGGGCGUGCUGCGCGCCAAGACGCUGCGAGUCGACGUCCACACCGUGGGCCCUCCGGAGCAGGCUCUGGGUAUGGCUCAGAUCAGCUUGGCCCACCAGAGCGUUUUAUCAUCUCCUGGAUGCUGGUACAACCUCCUGAGCCUGCAGGACCUUCAGGCAUCCGAGACGCACUUCGCUGGACGCCCGAUGGGGCCCUCCCUCCUCGACAACCCUCAGAACACGCACGACGCCGUCUCGGCGCUGCUGGAACGCACGACGGCACAGCUGGAGGCCGUUGAGAAGCAGCUCGCCGGGAAGGGCGACGACCCCCGGGUGGAGAGCAACGCCGAGGGCUGGUGCUGCCCUUCUCGAGAAAACUCCCCAUUCUCCGGAGCAGAGGGGAUCAUGGGCAGCGUGCGGGAAUUAGAAGAGGAGCUGGAGGAAGAUGAUGAAGAAGAAGAAGAGGAGGAGGAGGAAGAAGAGGAAGAGGAUGAGGAAGACGAGGAGGGGCAGGAAGACGAUAAGGAGGAGCCGGUGAGAUUGGAGGAGCGAGGAAAAGGGGGCCUCGUGGCGCACGAGGAGCUGGACGGGAUGCCCUUGGAGGAGACGCAGGGGGGCGUGGAUGAGAACAGCAAGGUGGACAAGGAGACCAACACAGAGGGGCCUCUGCCCGAGGCGCCGAGCGUGCGGCCCAAGGAGCAGCGUGGCGGCAGCGGCGGCUGCGGAGCGGCGCACGCCAGCCCCUUUGUGCGGGGCAGCACCAUCGUGCGCUCCCAGACGUUCUCGCCCGGCGCCCGCAACCAGUACGUGUGCCGGUUAAACCGCAGCGACAGCGACAGCUCGGCAAUGCCCAAGAGGACGCCGUUUGUGAGGAAUGCGGUCGAGCGGAGGAGCCUUCGCGUCAAGCGGUCGGUGCUGAUGGUGCCGCGGGUGGAGGGGCCCGGGCGGACGUCGCUCGACCUGGAGCUGGACCUGCAGGCGUCCCGCGCGCGGGAGAGCCGUCUGGGCGACGAGCUGCGAGGCCUUCGCGAGCUCAAGCACCGCCUCGAGGAGGCCAAGGCGCACGGACGCACGCAGCUGCCCGCGUGGGUCACCGACGACGAACGCUUCCGCAACCUCCUGCGAGAGGCCGAAAAGCAGGCUGAGCAGACCUCGGCAGAACAGAGGCAAGAGAGGCGGGCGGAGAAGAUGCUCAAGAAGGCCUCCAAGGAGGUGUUCAGGCUCCGCGGGCAGAGCACGAAGGUUCCCCCACAAGUCCAAUCCUUCAGGGAGAAGAUGGCGUUCUUUACUCGCACUAAGAUAGGCGUUCCUCCCUUCCCGGCCGACGACGUAUGAUCAACAGAAUAACGUUUUUUUUUUAAUCAAGACAUUGCAAGCCUCGACUCUGUUUUCUCUGUAUCGGAUAAACCAAAAGUGAGACAAAUUUUUGCAGCGGAAAAGCAUUACAUUUCUGUGUCUCCCAUAACCGUUCGGCAAUUGAGUUGCGGGUGUGUGUGUGUCUAUGGCGUAAAAAGUGUAAUUGACCAGACCUGUUACACUUAAAUAAUAAUAAUUGUACAGUUUGUAUGUAUUUUAGACGUGUGUUAUUUUGAGAAGACACAGGGCCAAGUGUUUUUUUUUGGCGGGGGGAUGUUAUCCAUUGAUUGUACAGUACUGUAUUCCAAUUUCUGUUUAAACAAAUAAAUAAAAGCAAGAGAAUUCUUGUUUUAUUAUAAUAAUGAAAAAUGCUAAUGCGCUUUAAUGUCGCAAGACUGUGACCAAGUUCCAUUCAGUAUUGUUCAUUUUAAAAGAAAAGAUUAA